AUGGCUGUUGGAAAGAACAAGAGACUCUCCAAGGGCAAGAAGGGCCUUAAGAAGAAGACCGUGGACCCUUUCUCCCGAAAGGACUGGUACUCUAUCAAGGCUCCUAACCCCUUCAACAUCCGAGAUGUUGGCAAGACUCUUGUGAACCGGACAACCGGUCUCAAGAACGCGAACGAUGCCCUCAAGGGCCGCAUCGUCGAGGUCUCUCUCGCCGACCUCCAGAAGGAUGAGGACCACUCAUUCCGCAAGGUUCGCCUCCGCGUCGACGAGGUCCAGGGCAAGAGCUGCCUGACCAACUUCCACGGCCUUGACUUCACAUCCGACAAGCUCCGAUCUCUGGUUCGCAAGUGGCAGACUCUGAUUGAGGCCAACAUCACCGUCAAGACCACCGAUGACUACCUCAUCCGCCUCUUCGCCAUCGCCUUCACCAAGCGACGCCCCAACCAGAUCAAGAAGACCACCUACGCUGCUUCUUCCCAGAUCCGCGCCAUUCGACGCAAGAUGACCGACAUCAUCACCCGCGAGGCUUCCAGCUGCACUCUCACCCAGCUGGUUUCCAAGCUGAUCCCCGAGGUCAUUGGCCGCGAGAUCGAGAAGUCCACCCAGGGCAUCUACCCCCUCCAGAACGUCCACAUCCGCAAGGUUAAGCUGCUGAAGGCCCCCAAGUUCGACCUGGGUGCCCUGAUGGCCCUCCACGGCGAGUCUGGCACUGACGACCAGGGCCAGAAGGUUGAGCGGGAGUUCAAGGAGCGUGUUUUGGAGGAGGUCUGA